ACGUCGUGCGUCGGUUUGUUUACUGUCUAAGCGUGCAGGGAGGGUGGGCGCUAACGGCACAGAUUUUCACACUGAAUCUCUUCCCCCCGCUGGACCAAAAUUUCUUGCACAAUGCAGCGGUCCUACAAAACCCGAUAGUGACAGCCGUUCGCAGUUUUACAGGAAGGCUUUUGUUUUUGACGACAGAACCGAAGUCCGACAUGAAAACCAUGAAGCUGCCUAACCAGCGGUGCUAAUGCUAACACGGCGAGUCAGCGAGCUGUCAGAUUUCAGGGUUUCAUAUAGAAGAAUUGAGUGUCGCUGGUUUUGUUGUGUUGAAACUUGGCACUGGGCGCAUGACUGACAGCGUCUACUUCGUUACGGAUGCCGACAGGACGACGCGCAAGUUUAUAGCAAAUUUGUAGGAAGACGGUGUCAGGCAAAAUGGUGUUAAGAAGCUCCUGGAAAUCACGACAUAAAAACAGCUGUGGACCUGCUCCCCGUUGGAUCCGACCAGGAUUGGCUGCCCUGCUCUGGUUAUGUGCGAUUCGGUUAGCUUGCGGCAUUGAGGUGGGGGAGAUCAAAAUCGUCCAGAAAAAUGCGGAGUUUGAUGCCAACUAUAAUGACACGGUUACGAGUGAAAACCAGACCAUUUACGCGUUUAAUCACACCAUCUCUCGGAAUAAGACUGAGGGAGUGCGUGUGUCUGUGGACGUGUUAUCCAACAAGUCGGAGAGCCCAAUCUUGUUUGUAGUGCGACAGAAGCAAGGCGUCCUGUCUUUUCAAGUCCCCCUCAUUCUCAGAGGCCUCUAUCAGAGGAAGUACCCUUACUACGAUGUGGGCAGGACACUGUGCCAACCUCCAACCCGGGCCGCCUCGGAGACCCAGUACUUCUUUGUGGACGUGUCUACCCUGUCCAGUCAGGGUACAAACUACCAGCUCAGAGUGAGCCGUGUUGAAAGUUUCACCCUGCAAACAAACAAGAAAUUCAGCUUCACCGCAUCACCAUCCCAACCUCAGUAUUUCAAGUAUGUCUUCCAAGACGGGGUGGAUACUGUGAUCGUCAAGGUCAACUCGGACAUGACUUUCCCCUGUUCUGUCAUGUCCAUCCAGGACAUCCAGUGCCCCAUUUACGACCUUGACAACAACGUGGCCUUCAUUGGGAUGUACCAGACUAUGACAAAAAAAGGUGCCAUCACCGUGCAGAGGAAAGAUUUCCCCAGCAACAGUUUCUACGUGGUGGUGGUGGUAAAAACUGAGGACGAGGCAUGCGGCGGCCCGCUGCGCUUCUACCCUCUGAGACCCGAUCAGCUGAUUGACGCCGGCAAUCGCAGCAAGGCCCUCGAUGUGAUGGUCUCACCCGCAAUCAACUUGGAGGUGUACGUGAUGGGAAUGCUGUUCUGUUUGGGGAUCUUCUUCUCAUUCUACCUCCUGACCUUGCUCUGUGUCUGUCUAGAGCGUGCACGACUGAACAAGAGGAGAAAUGUGUUUCUGAAUCCUGCCGACAUGUCGCCUGCUGAGACAGCCUCUCUGCUCGGGAAGAACAGCGACGGAAAAACUCCAGCCUCACCAAAUGAAUAUGGCUCAUUUGCCGACAACGGCAGCACAAUGAGUUCAGAGGCCAUUACCGACAGCGCCACUUCAACUGACAACAACUAUGGAUACAUGGGACAGGAGCCUUUCAAACGUCGACCAAUCCUCAAUCACCUUCACUACAUAGCCAUCCGCAUCGAGCGAUCGCUGGAAAGUGUCGCACGGAGCAGGCAGGAGUCUUUGAGCUCCAUUGAGGAGGAUGACUAUGACACACUGGAUGACAUACACUCCGACAAGAACAUUGUUCGCACAAAGAAAUUUCUGUACGUGGCUGACUUGGCCCGCAAAGACAAGAGGAUCCUCAGCAAGAAGUACCAAAUCUACUUCUGGAACAUUGCUACGAUUGCUGUGUUUUACGCCCUGCCAGUCGUCCAGCUGGUCAUCACCUAUCAAACGGUUGUCAAUGUUACAGGAAACCAGGACAUCUGCUACUACAACUUCCUGUGUGCCCACCCGCUCGGAGCUCUAAGCGCUUUCAACAACAUCCUCAGUAACCUUGGUUACGUGAUGCUGGGGCUCCUCUUUCUCCUCAUCGUCCUCAAGAGAGACCUCGCUCAAAAUCGUGCUCUGGAGCGGCAUGACGUCAACGCGCUGGAGUGCGGUAUCCCAAAGCACUUUGGCCUCUUCUAUGCCAUGGGAACUGCUCUGAUGAUGGAGGGUUUGCUCAGUGCCUGCUACCACGUCUGUCCCAACUACACCAACUUCCAGUUUGACACCUCCUUCAUGUACAUGAUUGCUGGACUGUGUAUGCUGAAGCUCUAUCAGAAGAGACACCCGGACAUCAAUGCGAGCGCUUACACCGCUUACGCCUGCCUCGCUGCUGUCAUCUUCUUUUCUGUGCUGGGAGUGGUAUUUGGGAGAGACAACACAGCCUUCUGGAUUGUUUUCUCUGUGAUCCACAUUCUGGCCACGCUGCUGCUCAGCACACAGCUCUACUAUAUGGGUCGAUGGAGGCUCAACGCUGGGAUCAUGCGUAGGAUAGUUUACGUCAUCUACACAGACUGCAUCAGGCAGUGCAGCGGGCCGAUGUACAUUGACCGCAUGGUUCUGCUUGUGAUGGGGAACAUAGUCAACUGGUCUCUGGCUGCCUACGGCCUCAUACAGAGACCCAACGACUUUGCCUCGUACCUGUUGGCCAUCGCCAUCUGUAACCUGUUGCUCUACUUUGCCUUUUAUAUCAUCAUGAAGCUGCGGAGCGGUGAGAGAAUCAAGUGUCUGGCGCUGGUGUGUAUUCUCUUCACGGCGGUUGUGUGGGGCUUUGCGCUGUAUUUCUUCUUCCAGGGUCUCAGCACCUGGCAGAAAACUCCAGCUGAGUCUCGUGAGCACAACAGGGACUGCAUCCUGCUAUCAUUCUUUGACGACCACGACAUUUGGCAUUUCCUGUCCUCCAUCGCCAUGUUUGGAUCCUUCUUGGUCCUCCUGACCAUGGACGACGACCUCGACACCGUCCAGAGAGACAAAAUCUACGUCUUCUAGAUUUGCUAGAUCUGCGAAGAGCUCUGCUCUUUCUCUCUGCCUUAUCACCCUGUCUGUUUGCAUCCCCUCCAUCUUUUUCAAAAAGCACAGCCAGUAGCCUGUUUCUGGGCUGUCGAUGAGCACCUCUCUGCCUCGUGGAGAGUCGGGGAGGAGCAACAGGCCCCUCCCUCUACCUGCGUGGACACUUAUGUGCCAAUAGAAGCUGGAACGUCGUCGAGCGAUGCUGAAGUGUUUCGUCCUCUCGCUGCCAUCAUCGAUGUAACUGUUGUGAGCACCGUUUACUGCUGACGAUUAACGGUGUGCAUUCUCGCUUGACACGAAACUCGUCCAUUUUAACUUAUUUUAUAUUGUCUGCAUUACAUUUGGCCUGGAAGUCAGCAAUGUAUUUUAAUUACUGUUUGUAGCCUGUUUAUAUGCUGUGUGUGUUUGUACAGGUGUGUGCGUGCGUGCGUGUUUUCAAAAAUAAUUGUGGGAAGAUGAAUCCUGUCCAGUCUGUGGCCUUCAAUGUUCUAAUCAUAGUAGUCACAAUACUGUGUUCUGAUUGGUCAGAUCUGCAAGCUAGCCGUCCUCCUCCUUGAGGGAAUAUCCAUGAAGACAUGAUUGUAUUUACUUGGAACUGCCCUUAAGUGUGACUCUUAAAGGUAUUUUUGCACUCUACAAAAAAUGAAUUUUAUUGUCAGGCAUUGCAGUGAAAGGAUACUCAAUAAAGGUCUUUUCUGAG